AUGCCCCGACUGUCGACCCGCACGAUCCUCGAAGCGUACCAGCAAGACGCCCUCCUCCCGCUGCUCCUCCGCGAAUGCCGGACUAUUGACUCCGCCCGCAGCGAACUCCGCUGGCUCCGCCAACACGCGAUCGACCUCACCCAACUCCGCAAAGAACAGCGCUAUCAACGCCUACAACACCUCCAGCAAGCACGCCAAUCUGGUCACGAAGAACGUCCACCAACAACCCAACAACUCCACCGCAAACCCGCGCACCACCGGCCCCCCGAAAAUGCGCCCCCAAAGGGCUGGCGCCGCACGCUGCGCACCCUCUGCCACGCCCGCUCCCGCGGCACCCCGCUGCAAUACUUACUAGGUGACCAACCCUUCGGCGACCUGACCAUCCUCUGCCAGACGGGGGUGCUCAUCCCGCGCAACGACACCGAGACCUUCACCUACGCCGCGGCCGAGCAGAUCCGCCAACAAUUUCCCCCGCCAAAACCCCAACCCAAACCCGCCGCUUCCGCUUCCGCGCCAUCGUCAUCCCCAUCCCCACCAACCACAACACCCACACCCCCAAGCCUAAGAAUCCUCGACCUCUGCACCGGAACAGGCUGCAUCACCCUCCUCCUCCACGCCUUACUGUCCCCAAGCUACCCCUCCCUCAAAAUCGUGGGGAUCGACAUCCACCCCCCCGCCCUCCGCCUCGCGCGCACAAACCUACACCACAACGUCACGGGCGGCGACUUGUCGACCCGCGCAACCCAGGAAGUGGAAUUCCGGCGCGCGGACGUCCUCGCCUCACCCUCAGCCCCAGCUGCAACCCCCAAUUCUAACUCAGUGGGGCAGCCCCCCGCGCUGGAGGAGUUGCUGCCUCGCAUCCCGGACUUCCUUACCCAUCACCACCAGGACACGGCGAGGAAGGUGCAAGUCGACGUGAUCAUCUCCAAUCCCCCUUACAUCUCCCGAAAAGCGUUUUUGGAUGGCACGACGGCGCGGAGUGUGCGGUUUCAUGAGCCGGUUUUGGCGUUGGUGCCGCCUGCUUCCUCUUCUUCGGGGAUGAAGUCGGUGGAUGGUGUAGGCCAGGCGCAGGAGGAGGAUGUGUUCUACGCGCGGAUUCUCGGGUUGGUGGGCGGGGUUGGGGCGAGGAUGGUGGUGUUCGAGUGUGGGGAUCAUGAGCAGGGGGGCCGGGUGGUGGAGUUGUGUCGACGGGCGGUGGAACUCCAGAAGCUGGGAGGGAGCUGGGAGCUGGGGAUCUGGGAGGAUGAGACUGUUGUUGAGACUGGAGGUGAUGGGGAGAAGGAGGGAGCGUGUAUGGUUAUUAUGAAGCAGGUGCAGGGGUGA